AUGCAAUACUACAGUUUUUACAUUCCAAAAGGCAUUGAAGUAUAUGUCAGUAUGAAAAAUUCAUUCUAUCAUCUACAGGUGUCGCUUAGGAUCAGAGGAUCGCAUUUCUGUGCUGCAGCGAUCUUGACAGAACACUGGCUUUUGACCGCUGCUCAUUGCUUUGCAAGUGUAUCCACGGACUUCCUGCACAAAAUUGAGGCUGUAGCAGGUGAUUUAAACCAAACAAAAGUUGACAGAGGGGAGCAGAACUUCCAGGUAAAGUCCAUAAAGUUCCAUGAAAAAUAUCAGCGCUCCUCUCCCAUGAGCUACGACAUUGCUUUGCUUGAGAUCAAAGGACGGAUUCACUUUGGUGAUUUUAUUAAGCCUGUUUGCCUGCCUUACCCUGGUGAGAGGUUUCCACCCAAGACCAUGUGUGUUGUUGGUGGAUGGGGUCGUAUUACUGAGAAAGGGCCACUUUCUUCGGUUCUUCAGGAGGUGCAACUGAACCUGUUAGAGCAAAACAAGUGCAAACAUGUCCUACAAACACUUAGACCUGGGCAGAAGACCUUCACAGUCCUGUGUGCUGGCCCAGAGAGAGGAGGGAGAGAUGCCUGCCAAGGGGAUUCUGGGGGUCCCCUCCUCUGCCCCAGAGCAGAUGGACGCUGGGUGGCUGUGGGAGUCACAUCAUGGGGUAAGGGUUGUGGGCGAAGCUGGAAUAACAACAAGAUCAAACCCUCAUCCAGAAGAGGCUCACCUGGAGUAUUCACUGAUGUCUUAAUGUUCCUGUCAUGGAUCAAGUCUAAUCUUAGAAAAGAACUCAACAUAGUUGCAGACAGGUCCCUGUGCGGUGUACCUGAUGGAGUUGUACCUGGAAGUGAAGGCAUCAUCAGAAAUCCAGCUCACCCAGGUCAAAGCUACAACAACAAUGAGAUGUGUCUGUGGUCCAUUCAAGUUCCCACUAGAGAACAUAUUCUACUGGAGUUCCUAGAGUUUGACCUGGAGAAUGACACACAGUGCUACAGCGAUCAUCUGACUGUGUAUGUGGAUGAAGACAGGCGAAUAGGUCGAUUCUGUGGUGGUCAACCUCCAUCUCUGAUCCUUAUUGCUGGUUCCCACAGUAUCAUAGUGCAGUUUGGGUCUGAUGUAAGCAGCACAGGUGCAGGAUUUUCCAUCCAAUUCAGUGGCGUUGACAAGGACUACAGUUUUGGGGCUGAAUGUGGAACAGUGGUGCUGUUACAGCCCAAGGGGGCUGUGCAGAGCCCCGCCUACCCGCAAGCCUACAGCAACAACACUCUUUGCCGCUGGGUCAUCUAUGCCCCAGAAGGCCACAUAGUCAAGCUUGACUUUGACGACUUUGACCUUGAGGAGUCAGAGAACUGCAAAUACGAUUCACUCACAGUGUUUGGAGACAUUGAUGGCAAGGAUGAAAUAGUGGUUAUAUGUGGCGCGAGUGUCCCUCCAGCUGUUCUCAGCUACGGUCGCACAAUGCUUCUACAGUUUAGCACAGACAACACCAUCUCUGCCCAUGGUUUCAACGCCUCCUUUUCUUUUAUCAGCGAAAAAGAUCUCAGAGAGACGGCGUUUGAAGAUCAGGGGGAAGAAGCAGAUGAUGACAGCAGAGUUCUCUCACCACAUUUGCAGGCUGCUCCGUAUGGAAUGCCUGACAUCUUUGCUACCUCUGGAUUGGAUACCCCAAGGACAACAGAGGAUGAUGGGAAACUGUCGUGGCACGUGAACAUUAGUUUGGGUGCAGGUUAUGAAUGCAGUGGGGCGAUCAUCCAGUCACAAUGGAUCCUUACUGAUGCACACUGUGUCUAUAAACUGGAAGAACAACAUUUGAGAUUUUUAUCAGUGACAGCAGGAGGCUCAAAGAAACAGAUCUGUGAUGUGAUUGGAGUACUCGUACACCCUCAUUACAGCCCGUUCUCUCUUGACUACAAUGUGGCUUUGCUUAAGCUGAGCUCUCCAUUAAAUCUCAGUGAAAGUACGCAGCCUGUCUGUCUACCCUCUGCUGGACAGGAAAUCCCACCCUCCCUCCAUUGCUGGGCUCCGGCGUGGACCAGCCAAAUGUCAGGACAUGGGCAGUGCAGACCUGUACGGCUAAAAAUAUCAGUGCUGGAACGAGCAGUGUGUGAACAACACCACAGAACUACAUUGACACCUACUAUGCUAUGUGUUGGACUGAGCAGUGGAGAGUCAUGCAUGGUGAGGAACUGUAAACUACACUAAACUGUUUACUAUAAGGAAAUGUAAUUGAAGAAAUGCUGACCUCUAGUGGGUAAGUUUGGUAAUGAUUCUUAAAAUGCGUGCUCCAUUAUUUAAAGGGAUAGUUCAUCCAAAAAUGAAAAUUCUGUCAUUAAUUACUCACCCUCAUG